AUGAACAGCGGGGCUCUAGGAACAACCAUGCAACCAACAGCCCACGCGGUUUGCAAAAGUUACUCGCUGCACGGUUACAACAGCAGCGGCGGCGGCGGAUCUUUGGGGAUCAAGGUGCAAGCAGGACAGAGCGCGGGUUCCUCUUCAUCCGGGAUGCCCCAACCGUGGGGUGCUGCCACGGGCUGUCCCGGCCAGGUUCUGCAGUCCAACUCGGCCACGCGCUGCAAAGGCUCCAAGCGGCGCUCCAGCUCGCCGGAGCUGCUGCGCUGCAAGAGGCGCUUAGCCUUCCCGGGUUUGACAGCCCAGCAAAGCGGCGGCAGCGGCGGCGCGGCCGCUGUGGCUCGGCGCAAUGAGCGGGAGAGGAACCGCGUCAAGCUGGUGAACCUGGGCUUCCAGACCUUGCGCCAGCAUGUGCCCAACGGCGCCGCCGCCAAGAAGAUGAGCAAAGUGGAGACCCUCCGCUCCGCCGUGGAAUACAUCCGAGCCUUGCAACAGUUGUUGGACGAGCACGACGCCGUCAGCGCCGCCUUCCAGGACGGUCUCCUGCCGGCCGGCCGUGACGCUGCCUCCGCUGCUUGCGCUGGCAGCGGCAGCAGCUCGUAUUCCUCCACUUCGCCCUCUUUUGACGGCCGCGAGGGCAGUUCUGUGCCGGGCUCUCCGCACUCGGCUUAUUCGUCGGACGAGAGUGGCUACGAGGGGGCGCUCAGCCCGGAGGAACAAGAGCUACUCGAUUUCACCAGUUGGUUCGGGAGCUGCUGAGCUGGAAUGCAAUACUGAAAAAGCAACACUGUAGAACCUCAGUACCUCAUUGUCCCAGGCUCCUAUGCAGCAGAAGAGCACCAGGAAUGUCCUGAUUUAACAUCCACCUACUCUCUUCAAGCCUCAUUGCAAAGGAUGUUGGACAGUCAGAUCUUUCUAACCACAAUCUCUGGGUGUUUGUUUAUGAAACAAAAGACUGGUGGUUUUGAUUCUUUUUUUUAAAAAAGUGCAAUUAUGUAAAUACAUUCUAAGGGCCAUAGUUUUUAUCUGCUGUUGUACAGCAGUUUAUGGUACCCUCUUGACUCUUGAACGACCAAUGAAAAGGCUUCUCUGAAUCUAGUGGCAGCUGGAGAUCUGUUGGGCUUCCAACAUAAUGUCUGUCGACUUUAUAAGGGCAGGGGUGAAAUAAUUAAAACUUGAUGCUUCCUUUUUCUGAAUGGGAAGGAGACUGUUUGAACGUCAGAAGUAGACUUUAUUUGUGUAACUUGAGCUGCCUAUGGGAACAAAUAUGAAGAUUAAUUUUUGUGCAAGUCUCCUUAAUGCAAGAGGAAAGAUUUAUAGAAAAUUGCUUAUUAACCCUAUCAGCUAGAAAGUUUGAGAACUUACCCAAUCUAGACAAAUUUCUUAACAUUUUGUACUAAGGAAGCAUAGAGCUGUUUAUCUUAAAUGUGUUGAGGAUUUUGUUCGCUUGUUUAUUUUGG